GGAGGAGACUUGUGCUUUGUGUCGAUGGAGCAGUGCCCCUUUGUCCUAGGUCUCAGCAGUGAGAAUGCAGAGCUGGUCUUGGAUGCCUGUGUUCAGAUCACAGAGGGCAUGAAGACCAGAGAGAGACAACUCUUCCUCUUUAGCGACGUGAUUGUCAUCUCUAAGCUGAAGUAAGAUAUGGAACAUGAUGAGCACACACACACCGACACAGAAGGACCCAGACACACCGACACAGAAGGACCCAGACACACCGACACAGAAGGACCCAGACACACCGACACAGAAGGACCCAGACACACCGACACAGAAGGACCCCGGUCACACACCGACACAGAAGGACCCACACACACCGACACAGAUGGACCCAGACACACCGACACAGAAGGACCCACACACACCGACACAGAUGGACCCCCCCCACACACAAACCCGCCACAGACACGACACGAGGACCAGACACCGACACAGAAGGACCCACACACACGACACAGAGACCCACACAACCGACACAGAUGGACCCAAAACACACCGACACAGAAGGACCCACACACCGACACAGAGGACCCACACAACCGACACAGAUGGACCCCACACACCGACACAGAGGCCCAACACGACACAGAUGGACCCCACAGCACACACCGACACAGAUGGACCCACACACACCGACACAGAUGGACCCAGACACACCGACACAGAUGGACCCCACACACGACACGAUGACCGACACAGACACAGAGGACCCACACACCGACACAGAUGGACCCCCACACACAAGACCACACACGACACAGAAGGACCCAACACACCGACACAGAUGGACCCAGACACACCGACACAGAUGGACCCACCACACCGACACAGAUGGACCCAGACACACCGACACAGAUGGACCCACACACACCGACACAGAAGGACCCCCACACACCGACACAGAUGGACCCCCACACACACCGACACAGAUGGACCCAGACACACCGACACAGAUGGACCCCCACACACACCGACACAGAUGGACCCCACACACGACACAGAGGACCCACACACAAACCCAACACGACACAGAUGGACCCAGACACACCGACACAGAUGGACCCAGACACACCGACACAGAUGGACCCAGACACACCUACACAGAAGGACCCAGCCACACCGACACAGAUGGACCCAGACACACCUACACAGAUGGACCCAGACACACCACAAGAGUGACUCAGCUCCAAAGGCCAGAAACGAACGAUGCCCAACACACUACAGAUGGAAACACACCGCAAGAGACCGAACACUAACCAGAAGGACCGAAAGACCAGAUACCGAACCUAACAGUGGCCGAACAGACACAGAUGUACCAGACCAACCUACACAUGGACCAGACACACGACCGAUGUACCAGAACACUACACAGAGACCCCACUUACCAUACGCACAGAGGACCCAGACACACACCUACAUAGAUGCUGUAGCCUUAAGCAACCGAACCUGAUAAACCCAACACCUGUUAAGAUACCAUCGCUAGAACCUGUGACCUGUAGACCUGUAGACCUGUAGACCUAUAAACCUGUAGACCUGUAGACCUGUUGGCCUGUAGACCUAUAGACCUGUAGACCUGUUGGCCUGUAGACCUAUAGACCUAUAACUGACUGUAGACCUGACUAUGACCUGUAGACCUGUGCCUGUAGACCUAUAUACCUAUAGACCUGUAGCCCUAUAACACUGACUUAUUAGACCUUAGACCUGUAGACCUAUAAACCUGUAGACCUGUAGACCUGUAGACCUGUAGACCUGUAGACCUAUAGACCUGUAGACCUAUAACCUAUAGACCUGUAGACCUGUAGACCUGUAGACCUAUAACCUAUAGACCUGUAGAUCUGUAGACCUGUAGACCUAUAAACCUGUAGACCUGUAGACCUGUAGACCUGUUGGCCUGUAGACCUAUAUACCUGUAGACCUAUAAACCUAUAGACCUAUAGACCUGUAGACCUAUAACGAACCUGUAGACCUGUAGACCUAUAAACCUAUAGACCUGUAGACCUGUAGACCUAUAAACCUAUAGACCUGUAGACCUGUAGACCUAUAAACCUAUAGACUGUAGACCUGUAGACCUGUAGACCUGUAGAUCUGUAGACCUGUAGACCUGUAGAUCUGUAGACCUAUAAACCUAUAAACCUAUAGACCUAUAAACCUGUAGACCUAUAAACCUAUAAACCUAUAAACCUAUAAGACCUGUAGACCUAUAAACCUAUAGACCUAGAGACCUGUAGAUCUGUAGACCUGUAGACCUGUAGACUUAACCUGUAGACCUGUAGACCUGUAGACCUGUAGACCUGUAGACCUAUAGACCUGUAGACCUAUAAACCUAUAGACCUGUAGACCUGUAGACCUAUAACCUAUAGACCUGUAGACCUAUAAACCUUAUAGCCUAUAAUCUGUAGACCUGUAGACCUGUAAACCUAUAAACCUAUAGACCUGUAAGACCUGUAGACCUAUAAACCUAUAGACCUGUAGACCUGUAGACCUGUAGAUCUGUAGACCUGUAGAUCUGUAGACCUGUAGAUCUGUAGGCCUGUAUUAGCGAAGUCAGUGUAACAGUGUAGCAGGAGGGUUUACAGUAAUGGAGUCUGAAAGGUGAAGUUAGUGAAAGAGCGUAGCAGGAGGGUUUACAGUAAUGGAGUCUGAAAGAUGAAGUUAGUGUAACAGUAUAGCAGGAGGGUAUAUGGUCGGGGAGUCCGGGGAAUUCUCUUUCCUAACAGCUUCUCUAUUAUAGUAAACAGUAAAGUCAUCGUUGGUCAUCUAAAUCCAAAGCAGAAAGCAGGGUGAUUUCCUCUAAGAGUGAUGUUAGCCCAAACAGGAAAUGGGUGACUGGAUGAACUUUCAUUUUCUCUUUAUCAUCUUUCUUCUCCUUUUUCAAUGUGAUAUAAAUAUCUAAGAUAAUGUUUGUAAACUCUAGCUCUGAGGUUUUAGCCCACUACAUUUGUAAAAAAAAAUAGACAGUGCACAUUUAGGUCAGAGUUUUUUGUUUUCUUAUUAUAAGAUAUUGACAGUAGUAAGCUCGUAGAUUAAACAAUACAGUAUGAAAGUAGAUUAGUGUAAUCCAAAUUUAAAUUCAGUUAAUGUAAAACUUGAUGCUAACCAAGAUAAAAUAUUCAGAAUGAUCUCUGUUUCAACGAAGACAAUGGACGCAUUCUUCAGGUCUCAAGUGGGUGUUCAGUCAAACGCUCUGGUCCAUUGAGUGAAGGCAGGUUUUCAUUUCACUCUACUGUACUUUGCUACCCUCUUUUUCAGCAGAGGCACCACGAGGAGCUAAAUACAUUUGUGACUAAUGCAGAUCUCUUCUUCUGAAUACAGUGCCUUCAGAAAGUAUUCACACCACUUGACAUUUUCUUACAGCCUGAAUUUAAAAUUGAUUAAAUUGAGACUUUGUGUCACUGAUCUACACACAAUACCCCAUAAUGUCAAAGUGGAAUUGUGUUUUUAGAAAUUGUUACUAGUUAAAUAUAAAUAAAAAGCUGAAAUGUCUUCAGUCAGUAAGUAUUCAACCCCUUUGUUAUGGCAAGCCUAAAUAAGUUCAGGAGUAUACAUUUGCUUAACAAGUCACAUAAUAAGUUGCACGGACUCACUCUGUGUGCGAUAAUAGUGUUUAACAUGAUUUUUGAAUGACUACCUCAUCUCUUUACCCCACGCAUACAAUUAUCUGUAAGGGCCCUCAGUCGAGCAGUGAAUUUCAAACACAGAUUCAAUCACAAAGACCAGGGAGGUUUUCCAAUGCCUCGCAAUGAAGGGCACCUAUUGGUAGAUUACAUUUUUUAAAAAUUAUAAUAAGACAUUGAAUUUCCUUUUGAGCAUGGUGAAGUUAUUCAUUACGCUUUGGAUGGUGUAUCAAUACACCCAGUCACUACAAAGAUAUAGCCAUCCUUUCUAACUCAGUUGCUGGAGAGGAAGGAAACCGCUCAGGGAUUUCACUGAGGUCAAUGGUGACUUUAAAACAGUUAGAGUUUAAUGGCUGUGAUAGGAGAAAACUGAGGAUGGAUCAACAACAUUGUAGUUACUCGACAAUACUAACCUAAAUGACAAAGUGAAAAGAAGAAGCCAGUACAGAAUAAAAAUAUUCAAAAACAUGCAUCCUGUUUGCAAUAAGGCACUAAAGUAAAACUGCAAAAAAUGUGGCAAAGAAAUCAACUUUAUGGAGGGUUGAUAGUAUCGGAGUCUGUAAGGUGAAGUUAGUGUAACAAUGUAGCAGGAGGGUUUACAGUAAUGGAGUCUGAAAGGGGCAGUUAGUGUAACAAUAUAGCAGGAGGGUUUACAGUAAUGGAGUCUGUAAGGUGAAGUUAGUGUAACAAUGUAGCAGGAGGGUUUACAGUAAUGGAGUCUGUAAGGUGAAGUUAGUGUAACAGUGUAGCAGGAGGGUUUACAGUAAUGGAGUCUGAAAGGUGAAGUUAGUGUAACAGUGUAGCAGGAGGGUUUACAGUAAUGGAGUCUGAAAGGGGCAGUUAGUGUAACAGUGUAGCAGGAGGGUUUACAGUAAUGGAGUCUGAAAGGGGCAGUUAGUGUAACAGUGUAGCAGGAGGGUUUACAGUAAUGGAGUCUGAAAGGUGAAGUUAGUGUAACAGCGUAGCAGGAGGAUUUACAGUAAGGGAGUCUGAAAUGUGAAGUUAGUGUAACAGUGUAGCAGGAGGGUUUACAGUAAGGGAGUAUGAAAGGUGAAGUUAGUGUAACAGCGUAGCAGGAGGGUUUACAGUAAGGGAGUAUGAAAGGUAAAGUUAGUGUAACAGCGUAACAGGAGGGUUUACAGUAAUGGAGUCUAUAAGGUAAAGUUAGUGUAACAGUAUAGCAGGAGGGUUUGCAGUAAGGGAGUCUGAAAGGGGAAGUUAGUGUAACAGCGUAGCAGGAGGGUUUACAGUAAGGGAGUAUGAAAGGUAAAGUUAGUGUAACAGCGUAACAGGAGGGUUUACAGUAAUGGAGUCUAUAAGGUAAAGUUAGUGUAACAGUAUAGCAGGAGGGUUUACAGUAAGGGAGUAUGAAAGGUGAAGUUAGUGUAACAGCGUAGCAGGAGGGUUUUAAAAAAGAAGCCAGUACAGGAUAAAAAUAUUCCAAAACAUGCAUCCUGUUUGCAAUAAGGCACUAAAGUAAAACUGCAAAAGAAUUGUCUAAGAAAUGAACUUUAUGUCCUGAAUACAAAGAGUUAUGUUUGGGGCAAAUCCAACACAACACAUCACUAAGUACCACUCUUCAAAUUUUCAAGCAUGGUGGUGGCUGCAUCAUUCUAUUGGAUGCUUGUCAUCGGCAAGAACUAAGAGGUAUUUUUUAGGAUACAAAUAAAUGGAAUAGAGCUAAGCACAGGCAAAAUCCUAGAGGAAAACCUGGCUCAGUCUGCUUUCCAACAGACACUGCGAGACAAAUUCACCUUUCAGCAGGACAGUAACCUAAAACACAAAGCCAAAUAUACACUGGAGUUGCUUUUUCAAGUUUCAAGUUUUAAUGUCACAUGCACAAGUACAGUGAAAUGCCUUUCUUGCAAACUCAAAAACCAACAAUGCAAUAAUCAAUAAGAAUGUAAUACUAGAAUUUAAAAAACAUGAGAAAUAAGAAGAAAUAUGAAUAACACAAUAAGUAAGCAUACUAUAUACAGGGCCUUUCCAAUACCAUAUUUACAAUGUGCAGGGAUACUGGGGUGCUAUCGUAAGUUAUCAUAAGUUAUUGCUAUCAUAAGUUGAAUGCACCAAUUUGUAAGUCGUUCUGGAUAAGAGCGUCUGCUAAAUGAUGUAAAUGUAAAUGUAAAAUGUGAUGGAGGUAGAUAUGUAUAGGGGUAAGGUGACUUGGAAUCAGGAUAUAAGAUAAACAGAGUAGCAGCAGCUUGUAUGUAAGUGGGAGUGUGUGUGUAGAGUCAGUAUAAAUGUACAGUACCAGUCAAAAGUUUGGACACACCUACUCAUUCAAGGAUUUUUCUUUAUUUUGACUAUUUUCUAAAUUGUAGAAUAAUAGUGAAGACAUCAAAACUAUGAAAUAACACAUAUGGAAUCAUGUAGUAACCAAAAAAGUGUUAAACAAUUCAAAAUAUAUUUUAUAUUUGCGAUUCUUCAAAGUAGCCACCCUUUGCCUUGAUGAAAGCUUUGCACACUCUUGGCAUUCUCUCAACCAGCAUGUUAUUUGUGAGUGCGCAGAUGAUGGAGUGAGUGUGUGUGUGAGUGUGUAGGGCCCUGUGAGUGUGUGUGUGUGUGUGUGUAUAGGGCCCUGUGAGUGUGCAUAAAUAAAAGGUCAAUAAGGAUACAAGGUUAACUCAGAUAGUCCGUCUAGCCAUUUAUCAGUCUUAUUGCUUGGGGAUAGAAGCUGUUCAAGAGCCUGUUGGUGUCAGACUUGAUGCACCAGAGAGAACAGUCUGUGUCUUGGGUGGUUGGAGUCUUAAACAAUUUUCCGGGCCUUCCUACCACACUGCCUGAUAUAGAUGUCCUGGAUGGCAGGGAGCUCGGCCCUAGUGAUGUAAUGGGCUGUCCGCACCACCCUCUGUAGGGUUAUAGACUCCCUUACUGUAAACCCAUACCAGGCAGUGAUGCAGCCAGUCAAAAUGCUCUCAAUGUUACAGCUGUAGAUCUUUUUGAGGAUUUGAGGGCCCAUGCCAAACAUUUUCAACCUCCUGAAGGAGAAGAGGCGCUGCCGCACCUUCUCAACCUUCGUGUGUUUGGACCAUUUUAAGUCUUUAGUGAUUUGGACACCGAGGAACUUGAAGCUGUCGACCUGCUCCACUGCGGCCCCGUCGAUGUGGAUGGAGGCGUUUUCACCCCCCCCCCCGUUUCAUCUAGUCCACGAUCAGCUCCUUGGUCUUACUGAAGUUGAGGGAGAGGUUGCUGUUCUGGCACCACACUGCCAGGUCUCUGACCUCUUCCCUGUAGGCGUAACCAAGACGACAUCUAAUGUUCCUGCGUGGCCUACUUACAGUUUUAACUUAACUUGGCUUGAAAAUCUAUGGAAAGACCUGAAAAUGGCUGUCUAGCAAUGAUCAACAACCAACUUGACAGAGCUUGAAGAAUUGUAUAUAUAAUAUCCAGGUAUGCAAAGACUCACAGCUGUAAUUGCUGCAAAAGGUGAUUCUAACAUGCAUUGACUCAGGGGUGUGAAUACUUAUGUAAAUGAGAUAUUUCUGUAUUUCAUUUUCAAUACAUUUUCAAAAAUGUAUAAAAACAUGUUUUCACUUUGUGAUUAUGGGGUAUUGUGUGUAGAUGUCCUCACUAACCGGUACACUUACGCAACCUCAAUUCCCUUCCUCCCUUCCUCCCAUCUCUCUCUCCCCCUUCCCACCUUCCAUUGAUUUUGCGUCCCAAAUGGCACCCUAUUCUCUACAUAGUGCACUAAUUUAGACCAGAGCCAAGCUCAUAGGGAGGAAAUAGGAUGCCAUUUUGGAUGCAGCCACUUUCCAUUCUAUUUACGUUGCCUGAAUUGACCCUGAUUACCGGAUCACUUCUUGAUUCUAGGCUCUUCACGAAAUCACAAAAUGUUCCCACGACCAGGCUUACAGGGUCUGUGGACCCACACGUGACAAGGUGACAACUUCAAUGUCGUAGCAAAUCAAAAAUGGUGACCUAGGUCAUGAGAGCUUGCCUUCCUCCUCACGAGCAGACAGACAUACAGAAAGACAGUCACACACAGACAGGUAGGCAGACACAGACAGGCAGACACAGACAGGCAGACACAGACAGGCAGACACAGACAGGCAGACACAGACACAGACAGGCAGACACAGACAGGCAGACACAGACAGGCAGACACAGACACAGACAGGCAGACACAGACAGGCAGACACAGACACAGACAGGCAGACACAGACAGGCAGACACAGACAGGCAGACACAGACACAGACAGGCAGACACAGACAGGCAGACACAGACAGGCAGACACUGACAGGCAGACAGACAGGCAGACACAGACAGGCAUACGCAGGCAGACGCAGGCAGACGCAUACAGACAGACAGGCAGACAAAGACAGACAGGAAGCUUGUCAUGGAACACAAUGCAUUCAUAAAGAGAUAGAAAUAAGAUCACUUCCUGUUUCUGAGUGAUUGACAACCAAUCACUGAUUCAGAAAUAGAUGACAACAAUGAGGAAUACAUUAGUACCUAUAGAAACCAUUGGGAAAGAGAAGUGGAUCAUAAAGUUAUCUAGUCCUGAUGAACAGAGAUGCAGUCCUAGCCAGGCCUGAUGAGCAGAGAUACAGUCCCAGUCAGGCCUGAUGAGCAGAGAUACAGUCCCAGUCAGGCCUGAUGAGCAGAGAUACAGUCCCAGUCAGGCCUGAUGAGCAGAGAUACAGUCCCAGUCAGGCCUGAUGAACAGAGAUGCAGUCCUAGCCAGGCCUGAUGAGCAGAGAUACAGUCCCAGCCAGGCCUGAUGAGCAGAGAUACAGUCCCAGUCAGGCCUGAUGAGCAGAGAUACAGUCCCAGUCAGGCCUGAUGACAACAUAAACUGAGGUCCUUGAACUCUCAACCUACUAGCCCUCAUAUACCAUCAUGGCCACCUAAUUAUCCCCUUCUCUCUCUCUCUCUCUCUCUCUCUCUCUCUCUCUCUCUCUCUCUCUCUCUCUCUCUCCUCUCUCUCUCUCUCUCUCUCUCUCUCUCUCCCUCUCUCUCUGUCUCUCCCUCUCUCUCUGUCUCUGUCUCUCCCUAUCUCUCUCUCAUUUAGAUCCAGUGCUAGCUACCGUCUGAAGCACAGGGUGAGUCUGGAGGAUCUGUGGCUUUAUGGUUUUGAGGAUGAGCCCGAGGAGGAAGAGGGAGGACGGGGAGUGAUCGACCUCAGGACCUCCCUUGUCUUGGCCUGGCCCCUUGCCUUCUGUGUGGUGUCCUUCCGGUGAGCAACAGCCAUCCUCCGUGUGCACACUCAUACUUGUGCAAAGACACAUAGGGCCCCGUGUAGCUCAGUUGGUAGAGCAUGGCGCUUGCAACGCCAGGGUUGUGGGUUCGAUUCCCACGGGGGCCAGUAUAUAAAAAAAAAAGUAUGCACUAACUGUAAGUCGCUCUGGAUUAGAGCUAAAUGACUAAAAUGUAGAUGCGUAAGGCAGACAGGUGCCCACACACACACACACAUACACACACUCACAGAUGACACACAGGCACACACAGAGAGACAGAUGCCCAGGCAGGCACACACACAGAUCAAAACACGUGUCUUUUAACUCAAUGAGAAACAUUUCUCACACAUCGUUCUCAACGUAGACAUAACAAAUAACAAGUGAAGUUUCUCUAUCUUUUUUCUCACUACUGACAUUACAGGACAAUGACUAAUUCUCUGAACACCCAAAGGGUAAAGGUUAGAAAACUACACAAUGAGCCACUACUGAGCAGUAAGUUCAGCUUACUGGCAUUUCAAAGUACAACUAUUACAAUUUGAGGAUAAUGGAGUCAACCUAACUCUAACAUCCAUAAAUUCAAAUUCAAGAUUCAUAUGAACAGUUCCUUUUGACCCAUUUGGUUUUCCUGGGAGAUACACUGUGCACAAACAGCAGUACAGCAGUAUCCUUGGAUUGACCUAACAUAUAUAUUGAGUUUCUUCAGAAAUGCUUUCCAUAAGGUCUUGAAUGAAUAGGGAAGUUAGAAAAAUCUGCACCAUCACAAGAUAAUGGCUGGUGAAACAGGAAGUGUGAAGCUGACCAUCAGACCUCAGGUCACAUGUCAGGGGCUUUACAGCAAUGGACUUUCAAAUAAAGAGAGAGGGUGGGAAUUGUAAUGUCACAAAUGGAGACAAACAGACAUAACAUAAGGGGAUUGAAUAGUUAUUUAAUAACAAUCAGUGCCUGUUUUUAUCAGGAAUGAUAGCUAUCCCUUGUUGGUGUAGAUAUGGGUAAUUUAGUCAUCUUAUUGGGGUCUGAGUCAUGGACUCCCACAGUUUCGUGUCAAACAAACUAGUCAAAUAAGUGUGACCGUUGUUGACUCGAGUCAUUCUUAGAGUCUGGGGUUCGCCAGUUUAUCAGCCUACUGUUUACCAGUAAGCACCAACUGUACAUGAGCUGGUCUGUUGGGAAAGUGUAUGUAAAAGCCUAUUUUAUAGUCAUCCAAAAGUAUGGGCUCUAACGAAGGCCCUAACGAACGCCCUAACGAAGGCCCUAACGAACGCCCUAAAGAAGACCCCAACGAACGCCCUAACGAACGCCCUAAAGAAGGCCCUAAAGAAGGCCCUAACGAAGGCCCAAAAGAAAGCCCAAAAGAAAGCCCUAACGAAGGCCCUAACGAAGGCCCUAACGAAGGCCCUAAAGAAAGGGCUAAAUAAGGCCCUAAAUAAGGCCCUAAAUAAGGCCCUAACGAAGGCCCUAACGAAGGCCCUAACGAAGGCCCUAACGAAGGCCCUAAAGAAGGCCCUAAAGAAGGCCCUAAAGAAGGCCCUAAAUAAGGCCCUAAAUAAGGCCCAAACGAAGGCCCUAACGAAGUCCCUAAAGAAGGCCCUAACGAAGAACCUAACGAAGGCCCUAACGAAGCCACAACCCAAGGUCAAGGAAAACAAAAGACAAUAAAACAGAUGCACUUCUAAAGGCCUCACUCACAUCCACGCUUCCCCAGAGUCAAGUGAUCCCCUUUUACAAAUAAAUGACUAUCAUCUAUACAGGUGAGUGAGGGUUAGAGUCUCCCGUGUGUCUCUUUCCACACGGCGAUGACAGCAGCAGCCCCAGCACAGGAGGAAGUGGUGUCUUUGGUCGGGGGCCGCCAUGACGUUGCUUCCUGUCCCCAUGACUGAGUUAGAGUUUCCAGUGCUGUAGUUAAAAGAGCCCAAGGGCGUGCUGUGUCUCUUCAGUCUGUUAGUCUGUCCGUCCGUGUGUUUGGUUCGUUCCUCUUUCACUGUGGAUUAGUAACUCACGCCACGCUGUUAUUUUGCCUGCAGCUUGCCUGAGGUGAAAGAACGCUGGUUGGAUACUCUUCACAGGUAAGCACUACUAUUUGUCUACUAAAAUGUAUUUGUUUAGUUUUUAUUGGACCUUGAUUUAAACAGGGAGUCACCAUUGAGACCAGGGUCUCUUUCGCAAGGGAGCCCUGCACAUACAAUUCAUAGACACAUAAAAAAAAUAAAAAUAGCUAACUAAAAUUCAGCACUAUUAACUCUAUACAUACUGUAAAUGCCUCUUGAUUGUGCCGUAAAUGGUUACCCUGGUUACUGGGUUAUACUAUAUCAUUGAGAUAGUCAUAAUCUUUAAUAACAGUUUUAUUUAUUUUUUAUAGGGGGUAGAUCAGCUUAAAUAUUGCGAAAAGAUUGUGGGAUCUAUCAAUGUAAUUGUGAUCUAUCAAUGUAUUUGUAAUAACUUGCAGUAUCAAUGGGACUGUACUGUCAAUGUCAUUCAAUUACAUACAGUAUAAUAUAUAAAUGUGUGCACGCUUGACUGUUAGUUUCUUUGGAUAAAAGCGUCUGCUAAAUGGCAUAUAUUAUAUUAAUUAGUACUGAAGGGUAGUAUAAAGACAUAGGAACUGUAUUUUAGUUCAUAUUACCAUAUUCUUCAUGAUGUCACAACUUAUAGUAUAUAGUUAAAAUAGAAAUAUUAGUGGUAAUCAUCAUUUUCAUUCAUAAUCAAAUUAAGAUUCUAUCAUAUUGAAAAUAUCCAUUUGAUCCUCUUUUAAAACAUGAUGCACCCCUCACCACACACACACACACACACACACACACACACACACACACACACACACACACACACACACGCAAACACAAUAUAGACUAGUCUCUCUCCACAGCCCUCUAAACAGGGACUAGUCUCUCUCUAGUAUGGCUCACCAGAAUAGUUAGGAAUUUACUUGAGAUCAAUCAAAUGUUAAUAUUUGUAUGUUUUUUGAAUCAUUCCAGGAAAGUAAAAGUAGCAACAGAGAGGGCAGGUUCUAUCACACCUCUCCCAAGUGUUCUGAUGAAGGUGCUGAGCAACAACAGUAUCACAGUAAGUUUCUCACUUAGGGCCUGUCCCAAAUGGCACCCUAUCCUGUAUACAGUACACUGCAAAAGUAGUGAACUGUAGGGAACAGAGUGCCAUUUGGGAUGCAACUUUAGCUUACUCUCCAGUGUGCUAGAUAUACAGCAACUGCUAUUAGAACACCUGAAACAGAGAAGAGCUGUGUGAUUUAUUACCAUAGCACAUACUGUGUCGAAUGUAGACAUAUUCCCUGAUACCUCACUCAGAUUCUUGUUACCAAAGGUGGUGAUGGCAGAUACUGUAGAAAAGAUGGAUCUGCUUUCACCUGUGUCCAGUCGGUCAUUGAUAUCGAGAUACCAUUGUAUUGCUCGGCUAUUGAUAUCAAGAUAUCAUUGUCUUGCCAAUUCAUAAUAUUCACUCUUAUUCAAUCUAUUGCUCUCAUGUUGAUGGGCUUUGAUGGCUCUGAAGAGGCAUAUAACCUCUAAAAAAAGCCAUUAACAGUAAGGACGGUAUAUCGGACAUUCUUAGAAAGGCACUCAAUGCAGACACAUUGCAGCACGUCAAAAGAUGUUCUAUGGUCAUUCAGGCAUUAUAGACCUUUGUUUGACACCAUUAAAAUUGUACUUAUAGAAUUAGAACGAGCAUACAUUGACCUUUACCGAAAUAGUAUAAUUGCUUCUGGAAGCAGUCGACUUUAUCUUCAACAACUUUCAUCUGCAUCAUAGAUAAUUCUCUCUCUCUCUCUCUCUCUCUCUCUGUGUUUCAGGCUAAAACUAUGACAGGAAGUGGCAAGGAGCCGUUUAUCGAGUUUCUCCUUGAUGUGAGUACCGUACAGUACAGACCACGCUUCUGCUUCUCUCAUCCAUGUGUCAAUUGUUCUGGAAUCAACACGUGUUGGGAAACACCUUUGGUUUCCCUGGACCUCAGGGGGAAAAUAUGAGGCUUAUUUUUAGGUUUGAUGGGGGAAUUCGAACUACUGCAAUCUGUUGCUCAAAUAAUAGUAUAACAUAUAUAUAUAUAUAUAUAUAUAACAGAAGUGUAUACAUUGUAACACUUGAUUGAUACUGUACAGUGAUGAUGCUUUUUGAAGGAGGGUUUGUGUUUCUUCAAAUGGAGGACCUUGUGUUGAUCUUGAGGGCAUAUUGGUGUGAAAGUGGUGGGUGUUUUUGAGGGGUAUUUUUGUGGGGUAAAUUGCUUGUGUGAUGGAGGAGUUUAAGGAGGGAGUGCGGACCACCCUGCACAUGGAAACAGGCGUGCAGACACAGGGUGUGUGGUUUAGGGGGCUUAGAGCAGAGGCUCCUCCCCUCCCCUCCCUCCCCUGCCACACGUUCCUCACACAUGCUCAUGACAACAUCUCCUGUUUUGUAUUUUCAGGGCGGCACAAAGAUCCCCACCCUGCCCAGGGAGUUGUGUAAGGCAAAAGCAACGCAGCCCAUUGGUGAGUUUGAACAUCGCUGAAAAACAACGUCAUGGUAUCAGUUAGCAUUACUGUAUACUGUGCCCCUUAUAAUAUCUCCCUUUUAUUACGCAAUACUGCAUACUACAUGUAUACCUACACAAGUUGUCUAAUCAUUUGGCUUCUUUCGUAACAGAAAAUGGCGGCAUCAGUAAGAGAAGCAUCAGCAUCUUGAGGAAGUUGAAGAGGAGUUCCACCCUCACCAGCAUGUCCUUCUGUCCAGACACAGACUCCAAGAGCCAACUGUUUGGACAGCCUCUCUCCAAGACCUGCCCAGAGGAUGGGAUGCUUCCCAAGCCUAUCACAGUACGUCAGUCUACCACAGCUUUCUUGGUUCUGUACUAUCUUGGUUCUGUACUAUCUUGGUUCUGUACUAUCUUGGUAUGUCAGAUUGUCAUUAUUUGGACAAGGUGUGUGGCUGUGGGCAUUGAGUGAGAAAGAUUUUAUUGAUUGUGCGACAUAACAUAACACUUUUCUUUCAUGAACUGAACUGCCAUAAUGAGUCUUAGUGACAGCUAUUGAUUUGACCCGCACCACAUUCUACCAAGUGUCUGCUAGGUAGCGUCCGCUAAUGGGGAUCCGAAUAAAAUAAAAUAAAAUAAAUAAACCCUUUUAACUAAACACCUUGGUAGAAUGAGGUACAUGUCAAUUCAAAAGUUGUCACUAGGACUCAUUACGGCAGUUCAGUUCAAGAAAGGAUUUAUUGAUUAGGGCAGUUGAUUAAUCAGGUCAUUGAAUUAUCACUAAUAAGUGCAGUUAGUUAACAAAGCACUUGAUAAUGGUUGCUAAGAACCUGCCUGUCUGCAACCCAACCAUAGAUUUGGUCUACAUUUGAUGUUCCAGCUGAUAAACACGCAUAACGCACCAACCGCCUGUCUCACUCUGACCCCGCCCUCCCCCUCACAGAACACAUGAUGUGCACACACACACAGUCACACACACACACAGUCACACACACACACAGUCCCACACACAGUCACACACACCACACCACACCACACACACACAGCAGGGUGUUUGAUUUGUUCAUGCCUUUUCUCAGCCUGGUCUGACCUCUCCUUGUUCUUCUCUCUCCCCACCAGGAGAUAUUGGUGCUUCUGUGGAAGAAAGGCCCCUCCACAGAGGGGGUGUUCAGGAAGGCCUGCAACAAUAAGACCCUGAAGGCCAUCAGGGAGCAGCUCAACAGUGGGAUGGAGGUGGAGAUGGAGGCCCUGCCCGUGGUUCUCCUGGUGGGUCUACUCAAGGUAAAGAGUCUGUCCCAUCUGUCCGUCCAUCGUUCCGUUGGACGCCCUCGCUACUUAUCAGCAGUCUUCUAUUGUGUUCUAACCUCCGACACCUUCCCUCCUAAUUACAGAGUUUUCUGAACGAGCUCCCGGGACGCCUGCUAGUGUCGGAGCUGUAUGAGACCUGGAUGAAGGCCCUGGAGAGUGAGGACGUCCACCAAAGAAGCUUGGAGCUCAAGAGGUAAGCUACCAAACACUAACGAGCUGAUGCUAGCCUAAAAGUAGCAUUAGCUAGCCUCUACUAGGACCAACUGCUAAUGCUAUUCUAAAUGUGGCAUUAGCGCUAGCUACUAUAGCUACUAGCUACUAUACCACCUGUCCAGUCACCCCCAUUGGUGACCUAUAAAUCUGUAAGCUACUCGAGAGGCCGUACACAAAUGAAAUGCUAAUGUGAAACUAAUAAAGGCGUUUGGUUGAAUACAAAAAACCCUGAACUUUUCCAUUGCUGUUGUAGGUGUAGCAAAGCAUAUAUUCAGGGGGCUUUUGAAUGGAGUUUUUCAGAGAUUCAGACAAAGAGGAAGUAGUGCCUCUCCCCUCAAUGUGUAUGAUUCAGACAAGGCACUUCUCUUUUUCGUUGAAUUCCCCCACUCAAAAAAGAGAAGCUAAAAAUAACACUUAAAAAAAAAAAGAGCGCCAAACUGAUCUACAUUUUCUUCCUGUUCUUUCUCUCCUCCCUUCUCUCUUCCCUCCUCCUCUCAGGGUGGUAGACAAGCUACCAGGGCCUAACAUCCUCCUGCUGCGGAACAUUCUGUGUGUGCUCCACCACAUCACAGAGAGCGGGCGCGCCAACAAGAUGGACGCCAAGAAUUUGGCGGUGUGCAUCGCACCCACUCUGCUGCAGAAGGACAUCAUGUCCUUAGACUUGCAGACCGUGGAAAAGGUGAGAAUACGGUUCAGACUGGACUCCUUGAAGCUGCCAAUGUGGUUUUCAUACACUGAAAACCACAGCGUGUGUAUGUGUGUUUUGUGUGUCUGUAGCCUGUACUGAAACAGCACUGAGUUGUUCAGCGAAAGGAAAUGCGAAAUCUUCACACUUUCAAACAAUAUUACUUUCAAUCACUCAACCCUCUUUCUAAGUAAUGUUGACCUUUCAUGUUCUUUGUGAUGUUUCCUUCAGGCGGCAGAACUGACAAGGUUCCUGAUAGAGUAUUGCUGUGAGAUCUUUGGAGAAGAUGUCCUGAGCCUUUUGGGAGGUCCCGAUGAGGAUAGCUCAGGUAAGCGAACUGGGCUGCUUUGGGCUCCACUCUUUGCAGUGCUACACAUUGUUUCACAGAACAUGAGAACAUUCUGUGAGCACAGAUUUCUGGGAACCCAUUUCAAAGGGCUUGAAAUCAAGUAGAACAAUGGGAAUAGGAAUCAUACACUGCAACUGAUCAAUGUUCUGCCUCUUUCUCCUCAGAAUCUGUGUCGUCACAGCGGCACGACUCUGCGUAUGACAGCACCGACCCGGACUCUGAGGGGGACAGCAGCGGGUCCACGCAGGGAGAGGGGGAAAGGGGCAGCUCGUCCCCAUCUCUCCUCUCCGAGUGCGGGAUGGAACGCGGCGCUGUCCCCUCCUGCCCCUCCAAUGCCAUCUUCCACACCUUCACCAACACGAAGCCGUUUAACCGCCGCUGCUCAGAGCCAAUCAUCUUCCCCUCUGCCGAGACAAGGAACCUGGCCUGUAGCCAUGAUGACUUCUCCGUGGAGGGCCGGGACUUUGAGGAACAGCCACUCAAAAAGCAGAUCUCUAAUGACUCCUUCCUGCUCCCGGGGCAUGGUGCCUCCACCAGGCCCGCCGCCACGCUGUCCCUUCCCAAACUCGGCGGUAGCCAGACGAUGACUUGGCGGCAGCUUGACCUGUCAUGCUCAUCAUCCUGCUCCCUGGAGAGCGCCAACUCCAACGCAUCGGAUGGCUCUGUGUUUACCAGCUCGCCGCUGGCCUCCCCGGUCUGCCCACGCAGGGCCCAGUCCACACGUCCGAGGGCGGACACGGUGGAAGUGGCCAAGCGACGCACCCAGUCCAUGAAGGUGGACAGCAAAGCCUCGAUGAGGACCAAGAGCCUGGGAGCCUUUGGCUUCUCCCGGACCAGCCUGAAGAAAGGCGAUCUCCAGAAGGAGAAGCCUUUCCCCUGUGGAACCCUCCAGGAGGACUCCCUGAGUGAGGCAGAGGCCCCGGUGGCCGAGGACCAUCUCAGGCAGAAGCGCCCCCUGUCUGCCGUGGUCUUCCAGUGGGUGGACAGCAGACUGCCCUCCCAGCUCCCCUCGUAUGAGCAGGCAGUCCAGAGUGUGACUCAGCCCGCCCUGUCACAUUACGGCUCCAUGACUGUCAGAGCCGCAGCCGCCACUCUCAGCAGGAAGCCCCGCCCAGCCUCUAUGAACGAAAACGUCCUGUACUCCUGUACCGUCAAUCAAAACACAGACUGCUUCUCUCAGGGGACAGACAGUGAUGAUGUCACCGCAGCCCAACAACAUUCCGGCGUGUUCCGCCAGCGAGCGAUGUCUGAGUCUGUGCCGAGAGCAUGCCAUGAGACCAUGUCACACCAUGAGACUGUGUCACGGAGGUGCAGCCAGCCCGUGUUCGAGGAGAAUUCUUACGCCAAGGAGUCCUACGUUUAAUGGCCUUUUUCUGACAUUAUAUCUCACUUUUUUCACUUUGAAUGUACACAAAUUAUAAUGUACAACUGCUAAGUUGAACUUGCUGAGUAGCACUGUUUAGAAUACAGAAUUAAAGAUAUCCACCUGAAAAGCUAUUUAUGAAGGUAGAUACUCCUCUACUCUAGGAACAGCAAAGCUAUGUAAAUAAUCACAAUCUGAAUCUGCAGGUAUAGAGGGUAUAGAACGAUAUGCUAUUUUGGAUAUUUCUUCUACAGUUUAACUUUUGUUAAUAUAAUGAUAUGUCCUGUACAU